AUGGGUUCUGAGCGUGAGAACAAGACGUUCCUCGCGCGGCUCUGCGAGCAGGCCGAGCGUUACGAUGAAAUGGUCACCUUCAUGAAGGAAGUCGCCAACAUUGGUGGUGAGCUCACCGUCGACGAGCGUAACCUGCUUUCCGUCGCCUACAAGAACGUGGUUGGCACCCGCCGUGCCUCCUGGCGCAUCAUUUCUUCCAUCGAGCAGAAGGAGGAGAACAAGGGUUCCGAGGAGCACGUCAGCAUCAUCCGCGAUUACCGUCAGAAGAUCGAAACCGAGCUGGAGCAGGUGUGCCAGGAUGUGCUUGAUGUUCUUGAUGAGGCUCUCAUCCCCAAGGCCGAGACUGGAGAGUCCAAGGUCUUCUACUACAAGAUGAAGGGCGAUUACCACCGCUACCUCGCCGAGUUCGCUUCCGGCCCCAAGCGCAAGGGUGCCGCCACCGCUGCCCACGAGGCCUACAAGAACGCCACCGACGUUGCCCAGACCGAACUUACCCCCACUCACCCCAUCCGCCUGGGUCUUGCCCUGAACUUCUCCGUUUUCUACUACGAGAUCCUCAACUCCCCUGAUCGUGCUUGCCACCUUGCCAAGCAGGCAUUCGACGAUGCCAUUGCAGAGCUCGACUCCCUCUCCGAGGAAAGCUACCGCGACAGCACUUUGAUCAUGCAGCUGCUGCGCGACAACCUUACUCUCUGGACCUCAUCUGAGGGCACCGAGGGCGAGAGUGCCGCCAAGGAGGAGAAGUCUGAGGAGGAGCCCGCUGCCCCUGCUGCUGCUUCCACCGAGGCCGCUGCUCCUGCCGAGGAGAAGCCCGAGGAGGCUAAGCCCGCCGAGACUGAAGCCUAA